AUGUCCUCGGUGCCCUGCCCCCUCCCUGGCCUGGACGCCUCCAACGCCGUCUUCCCGGAUAUCGCCCCCGUCCCAUCCGUAGUGGCUGCCUACCCACUAGGCUUGUCCCCCGCAACCGCAGGCGCCUCGGAUUUGCCCUACUCUGGGCCCUACGGUCACCUCCUGCCCUCCCCUUACACCGCCGGGCCGACGACGCCCGCAGACGCCCACCUGCCCUGCCAGCAGCCCGCGGCGCCCUCUCUGCAGGAGCGGGAGGCAGAUUCCGAGAAGCCGCCGCUGUCCCCGGAGCCCUCCGAGGGGCUCCCGCGGGCCCCGACCAAAAGGCUGCGCAAGCCAAGGACCAUCUACUCGAGCCUGCAGCUGCAGCAGCUAAACCAGCGGUUCCAGCACACGCAGUACCUGGCGCUGCCCGAGAGGGCCCAGCUGGCUGCACAGCUCGGCCUCACCCAGACCCAGGUAAAGAUCUGGUUUCAGAACAAACGUUCCAAAUACAAGAAGCUCCUGAAGCAGAACUCUGGGGGGCAGGAAGGGGACUUGCUUGGGAGGCCCCCCUCCCUGUCUCCCUGCUCCCCACCCCUGCCAUUCCUCUGGGAUCUCCCCAAGGCAGGGGCCCUGCCUGCUGGGGGCUAUGGCAACAGCUUUGGGGCCUGGUACCAGCAUCACUCCCCAGAUGUCCUGGCUCCACCUCAGAUGAUGUGAGCCUGGACAAAGGUGGGUCGGGCCUCCUACACAGCCCAGGACCCAGCCCACCCGCACCUCUUCUGGGCUGGGAGGAAACCAGCUCCAGAUGGAUUUUCUCAGGAUGACGAGGAACUAGAGGAGAAAAAGGAUGGGAUGGAGGCCUGUCCCCCUUUACCCCAUAACCCAAAGAGCCUAAGAAAGAACUUCGGUCUCAGC